AUGGGCGCCCAGCAGUCGCAGCGAAAACGAAGAGUGUAUCGUGAGCUCACGGCGAGCGAGAAACGACGUUUGCACGAACAGAUCCCGAAAAAUCUCGACGAAGAGCCGACCGUUGUACAAAAAGAUUUUGGGCAUCGAAGGGAGUCCUCAACCGCCGGCUUUGGUGCUUCAAAUUUAUGCAGAAUCACUGAACUCUCAGCAACAAUUGAAGAAGUCGAAAGCGUAGAAAGGAAACGCCCAGAGAGCUUACCGAUACAUUCAGAAGCUCAACGAGCUCCAAUCGCUUGUCUAGACACCCUGGAUUCGGUUCGUGGAAGCACGGCAAGGAGCGGUGAAGAGGGGAUGCUGGGAGAGACUCUCUAUCAUUCAGUUAUUGAAAGGAGGACAAAUGAAAGACGAUCCUUUUUCCGUCGUCCAUCCUCGCACAAAGCAUCAACAUCGAGUGCAUCGAGUGGCGUCUCGAUCAAUUCUGGAGGUGGUGGUACAACAAGGGAAUCCCGGCAUCGGCGCGGGCGAUCAGUGGACUCUCCACUCACAAAAUCGCCAUCAAGCGCCGCAAUGCAGGCUCCAGUCGCCUCACCGAUCGCCUCCACGGCCGCCCCUCCCAUGCCGGAUCCAGAGCGACUCGCACAAAUGUUCGAUCAAGUUCUAAAACAAAUGGAUCUACCGGUAGACAAAGUGCGGAUUCUAAAAUCAUAUGAUGAAGCAAAGAAAUGGAAACUCGUUUGCGAUCAGCAACUGCGUGGAGUAUCACAAAGUCAAGUGAUCAGCCCGGGUGUCUAUCUAGAUAAACUUCUUUGCUAUAUGGAUCCGAAAACACUCAAGAAGAACAAGAAGAAGAUUGGCGACGAAACGUCGACGAAACUCCUCAAACACAUCGAAAUUUCGUUGAGGACAAAUAGUGUUGAUUGGGUGACCUUGUUUUUGGAUCCACCACACAACGGUCUCACUGUGCUCGUCGAUUAUCUCGAUUCACUUCUCAAUGAAGCAACUUGCAGCAGUGAAGCUUCUCCUUCAGCGAUCGCAAAUGAAUCCGAAAGCUCGGCUCUCUCUUUUGGUCUUCAGCGCAAAGUGCCUACAAAAAGUGCGGCGAAAAUCAGCAAGCAUGUGGGAGAGUUGGAGGAUGAUGUGCACGUGUGUGUCUCAUGCUUAAGAGCUAUCAUGAACAAUAAACGAGGUCUCAACAUGGUUUUCGAGAUGCCGCGAGCCAUUUAUUGCAUUGUGCGGAGUAUCUUGCACAAUAGUUUACGAACGAAAACGCUGGUGGUGCAAAUGUUGGCCACAAUUUGUAUGGUUGGUGGAGGGCAUGAGCUCGUUUCGGAUGCUUUCGACAAAUUUCGACAAGAUUUCCGUGAGGGAAAACGUUUCCAAACUCUAAUGCAUUUCAUUCGUCGCCCCACCGAAUUCCACUACGAAUUCCUCAGCUCAGCCGUUCAAUUUAUUAAUGUUUUUGUCCAUUGUGUGGAAGAUGUGAACUAUCGAGUGCAUUUACAAUAUGAAUUCUUAUUGCUUGGUAUGGAUGAAUAUGUGGAGGAGACAGCAGAAAAUUCAUCGGAUGAGCUGAAAAGUCGAAUAAGCGCAUAUCGAGAGAACGCUCUUGAUGUGGGACAAUUGAUGGAAGAUCGACGAGAAAGAGAUGAACUGCUCGAGGAAAGAACCCGACUCUCCGAUGAUCUUUCCAAAACUAAAGAACGGGUACAAGAAGUGGAAGCGAAAUGGAUUACAGACAAAGCAGCUCUCGAUUCGAGACUCAGAACGUUAAUUGCUGAAAAAGAUAGCAUUGAAGCACAGCAUGAAGCUCAAAAAGGAACCUGGAAAAAAACAUUAACGGAACGAGACCGCGCAGCUCGAGAAGCCGAAGCAAGACUUGAGCAACGAAUUCAAGAGCUAGAAGCCAUGCAGAAACAAAUGCAAGCCGGCCUACAAGUGGCUCAGCAGCAGAAGUCUCCUCCAACACCCCCACCACCGCCACCAGGCCCACACCGAGAAUCAGAUGCUGCUCCGCUGGCCUCCCAUGUCCCUCCUCCUCCAGCUCCUCCGCCACCUCCAAUCUCAACAUCCGCUCCUCCACCUCCUCCUCCUCCGCCUCCUCCACCUCCUUUGUUAGCGACAACUAAAGUCGGCGGAGGUCCACCCCCACCCCCACCUCUCCCUCCUCCGUUUGGCGGUGCCCCACCUCCUCCACCACCUCCAUUUCCCGGAGGACCUGCUGCUAAUGACGUUUUGACGAUUAAACGAGUUUAUCAUCCAAAAAACAAACUACCACAACUUAACUGGGCUGCCAUGAAACCAAAUCAAGCCAAGAACACCGUCUUUUCAGAGCUCAAUGACGAAAAUAUUAUUGAGAAAAUUGACUUCACACAUCUGGAAGAGUUGUUCAAAGUUGGCGGAGUUGUGCCAGCAGUUCAGGUGGAAGUUUCGACGGCAUCAUUGAACGGUCAAGUGAGUCCAGGCAGUGGUUCUCAAAACAGCCAGCCAGGAACUGCUCGACAUAACACAAAACUUGACACUAAACGACUUCAAAAUAUCGCAAUCACUCGUCGAAAAGUCGCUUUGGAUGCAGUAUCGAUUAUGGCCGCUGUGCAUCAAUUCGAUCUGAAAGCUCUACCUGAUGAAAAGGUUGAAAUUUUGUUGCGAAUCAUUCCAACAGACGAGGAAAGGAAAGCACUUUCCGAGGAGAGAGAGAAGGGAUUGCUUGACACACUAACUGACGAGGAUCGCUAUCUAGCAGCUCUCUGCGAGAUCGAGAGACUUGAGCACAAAUUAAAAGUGAUGCAUUACAUGGCCGAUUUCACGGAAAACGUGCAACUCAUCGCACCGCAACUAUCCCAAGUGACAGCCGCUUCGAAACGUGCGCACGAGGCGAAAAAGUUCCAAGGCGUUUUGGAGGUUCUUCUCGCUUUCGGUAACUAUAUGAACAGUGGUCGAAAGGGAGGAGUUUAUGGCUUCAAAUUAGCCUCUCUCGAAUCGAUAGCCACUCUCAAAUCGCCGACAGACCGCAACGUUUCCCUAUUACACAUGAUCACCGAAGCAAUCGAGAAAAAUUUCCCCGAUUUGCUCGGCUUUGCCGAAGAGUUGAAAUUUGUGGAAAAAGCUGGGACUGUGCAAUGGGAGAGUGUGUUGGGCGAUUUGAAAGAACUGGAAAAUGGAUGGGCGCUGGCGAGUCGGGAACGAGAAUUGAAAGGCGCCGAUUGCCCCGAUGCAUUGAGGCUAUUCAUUGAAGGGAAUUCUCAGAAAGUCGACGAGUUGACGGAAAGCUCUCGUUUAGCAAUGAAAACCUAUGAAAGUUGUUGUGAAUUUUAUGGGGAUUCACCCAAAACGAUGGCACCAAACGUUUUCUUUGCUCGACUCUCCAAAUUUGUGGCUGAUUUUUCAAAAGCGCGUGAUGAGAAUAAACAACGAGCUGCCCAAGAAAAGAGAAUGAAAGAGGAAGCGGAAAGAAAAGCACGUGCUGCAGCGAAUAAACAAAAUGGAACGGUCACGAAUGGAAAUGCACAAGUGGAACUCUUGUGUGAAUUGGCGGAAAGAAUGAAUUCUGGAAAUAUGGCGAACAAGCGUCGAACAAGAUUGGAAAAAGGAAACGUUGAACACGGAGAUUUUGAGAAGAUCAUGAAUGGACUGAAAUCACCAUUUGUCUCCGAGGGUGUUCGCCGCCGAGCAUCACCAUCACCCGCAAGAAGUCCUGCUGGCCGACCAACUGCUGCACCACGAGUUCCCCCACCGACAGCCCCAAAGACGAGAAUUGUGACGGUUGACCGGGAUAGACAA